UGUUAGAUGAUUUGAACAUUGUAAUUUAUAUGAAUAAUGAUUACUGAUUAAGCAUUGGAACAGUAAUUUAUGAGUGGAAAUCAGAAUAUAGCUAAAAAUAAUGGUUGAGUCUUUAGCAAACUUUUCAAGUAGGUUUGGUAGCAAGUCAAGAAAUGUCUGGAAUAAUUCGGCGAAUUGCAGAAGUGGCAGAACAUGUAGCUGCUGGAUAUAAAUUUGAUGAAAAUAUUAAACAUGAAUAUUAUAAUGCUCGAAUGGAAGAGGUUGAAGUAGAAAAUAAUGAAAUUGAUUCUAAUGAUGUAGUAACUAAAAGAAAGCCCAAAAAGAGCAUUAGAGAUCUAGAUAUGAAACCGCACAGAAAUUUUGCUAAUGCUCCUGUAAAUUUUAAACAUAGCUCUGUUCAUGUACCUACAAAUGUUUAUGAUAAAGGUAAUAUAAACAUUCCGCAUUUUUUAACUGAAGUUUUUUAAAUAAAUGUUGUUGUUUUUCCUACACAUAAUAUUGUAGUCAUCUCUACUUUAUUUUACAUGUAACUGAUUAUAAAAAAAAAAACAUGUAACUUACAUUAAAGAAGUAAAAAUCAUUAAUAAUAAUUUUUAUUUCUUAUAUAUAAACAGAUUUUACUGCCUGUCCACCGUUGGAAGACUAUUUAUUUUCAAACAACUUUUGUGACUGGAAUAUCAUUUUGCUAAACGAUCCUCAUUGGCACAAAGCUUUCUUCCAGCUUACUAUCAUUGCUUUUAUCUUCCUUUGGUUUUAGUUUUUACUAAGGAUGUAAUUAACGGAUAUGGGAGAAUUUCGAUCCUUUUGCGUAAUAUUCGGUUGGCUGAAUACUUUGCCAAAUA